AGGUCAGACAUUCUCAUAGGUAUGAGGAAUCUCUCAGUGGUGACCGAGUUUAUUCUGCUGGGCAUUCCACACACAGAGGGUCUGGAGACCAUGCUAUUUGCCCUGUUUCUGUCCUUCUACAUCUUCACGCUUAUAGGCAACCUGCUCAUACUUCUGGCAAUCAUCUCCUCCACUCAACUUCACACUCCCAUGUACUUCUUCUUAUGCAAAUUGUCCAUUUUUGACAUUUUUUUCCCUUCUGUGAGUUCUCCCAAGAUGCUAUUCUACCUCUCAGGGAACAGCCGAGCCAUCUCCUAUGCAGGAUGUGUGUCCCAGCUCUUUUUCUACCAUUUCCUGGGGUGCACUGAGUGUUUCCUGUAUACAGUGAUGGCGUUUGACCGCUUUGUUGCCAUCUGUCACCCUCUACGCUACACAAUAAUCAUGAGCCUCAGAGUAUGCACCAUCUUGGCCAUGGGGACCUUGUUUUUUGGCUGCAUUCAUGCCACCUUUCUCACCACUCUCACCUUCCAGUUGCCCUACUGUGGCCCCAGGGAGGUGGACUAUUACUUCUGUGAUAUCCCAGUGAUGCUGAAGCUGGCUUGUGCAGAUACCUCAGCCCUGGAGAUGGUGGGGUUCAUCAGUGUGGGUCUCAUGCCCCUCAGCUGCUUCCUUCUCAUCCUCACCUCCUACAGCUACAUUGUCUGCUCCAUUCUGCAGAUCCGCUCUGCUGAGGGCCGGCAUCGUGCCUUCUCCACCUGUAGUGCCCACCUCACUGCCAUUCUACUUUUCUACAUGCCUGUGAUCUUCAUUUACUUGAGGCCAACCCCAAGGCCCUGGCUGGACUCAACUGUUCAGGUCCUGAACAACCUGGUCACUCCCAUGCUGAACCCCCUGAUCUACAGCCUCAGGAAUAAGGAGGUGAAAUUAUCACUGAGGAAUGUACUACAUCAGCUGGGCUUCCUUCCUGAGAAGCUGUAG